UUAGCCAACGGUCGAUCCUAUCGGAAAAAGCGCGACUACUAUGAAGUUCUCGGUGUCAGACGUGACGCCACGCAGGAAGAAAUAAAGGCAGCCUUUUACGCAAAGUCGAAGCAGCUACACCCUGACAAGGGUAGCAGUGGCAACGGUGGCGACUCGACAGCUGAUUUUGUUGACCUGAAAGAAGCAUAUGAUGUGUUGCGCCGGCCGGCUGAUAGGAGAGCCUAUGAUAUGCGAGGAUUUGAAUAUGAGCGGCUGAAAUAUCAGGAUCCGUACUAUUCCUAUAAACGUCGUCCAAGACGUCCAGAUUGGAUCUUGCAACAUCAACUACACCCUGACAAGGGUAGCAGUGGCAACGGUGGCGACUCGACAGCUGAUUUUGUUGACCUGAAAGAAGCAUAUGAUGUGUUGCGCCGGCCGGCUGAUAGGAGAGCCUAUGAUAUGCGAGGAUUUGAAUAUGAGCGGCUGAAAUAUCAGGAUCCGUACUAUUCCUAUAAACGUCGUCCAAGACGUCCAGAGUAA